AUGGAGGAGAAGCUUGCAAGGAAGAGAAGGGUAUUGUUAGUUCCAGCUCCUGCACAAGGACAUAUAACUCCAAUGAUACAACUUGCAACGAUCCUUCACUUAAAAGGUUUCUCCAUUACAAUUGCUCAAACCAAGUUUAACUACUUCAACCCUUCAAAUAAUUUGUCUGAUUUUCAAUUUGUUACCAUCCCUGAGAAUUUACCAGAGUCUGAUCUUAAGAAUCUAGGACCAGGACGGUUUAUGAUUAAGCUAGCUAAAGAGUGUUGUUUUAGCUUUGAAAAGUGGUUGGGUCUGUUUUUGCUUCAACAACAAAGUAUCAAUGAAGAGAUUGCUUGUGUUAUCUACGAUGAGUUUAUGUACUUUGUUGAAGCAGCAGUUAAAGAGUAUAAGCUUCCUAAUGUCAUUUUAAGUACCACAAGUGCAACAUCUUUUGUUUGUCGCUUUGUCAUGUGUAAACUCUAUGCAAAAGAUGGCUUGGCACCUCUGAAAGAAGGCGGUGGCCGAGAAGAGGAGCUAGUGCCGGAGUUAUAUCCCAUAAGGUACAAAGACUUACCGACUUCAGCCUUUGCACCGGUAGAUUGCUCAGUGGAGUUGUUUAAGAAGACAUGUUAUACAGGAACAGCUUCCUCUAUGAUAAUCAACACAGUGAGGUGUCUUGAGAUCUCAUCCUUGGAGUGGCUUCAACAAGAACUUGAAAUUCCGGUUUAUCCGAUAGGCCCUCUUCACAUGGUGGCUUCAGUUCCUCCUACGAGUCUACUAGAAGAGAACGAAAGCUGCAUAGGAUGGCUGAACAAACGGAAGCCGAGCUCCGUGAUAUACAUAAGCUUGGGAAGUAUGAGUUUGAUGGAAAUAAAGGAAGUAUUUGAAAUGGCUUCGGGUUUGGUUAGUAGCAACCAACACUUUUUGUGGGUGAUUCGACCUGAAUCCAUACGUGAUUCCAAAUUUUCUAAUGACGAAGAGUUGUUAAGGAAGAUGGUAACAUCGGAUCGAGGUUACAUUGUGAAAUGGGCACCGCAGAAGCAAGUGCUUGCACAUUCUGCGGUUGGAGCGUUUUGGAGCCAUUGUGGAUGGAACUCGACUCUAGAAAGCCUCAGUGAAGGAGUUCCAAUGAUAUGUAGGCCUUUUACGACUGAUCAAAAGGGUAACGCAAGGUACUUGGAAUGUGUUUGGAAAGUAGGGAUUCAAGUGGAAGGUGAGUUAGAGAGAGGAGCGGUCGAAAGAGCAGUGAAGAGGUUAAUGGUUGAUGAAGAAGGACAUGAAAUGAAGGUAAGAGCUCUCAGUUUAAAAGAGAAACUUAAAGUCUCUGUUUCAGGUGAAGGUUCUUCACACAAGUCACUUGAUGACUUUAUCAGGACUCUAUGA